UACCAAGCACUUCAACUACUCUUUACACCACACCUCUUCCCAUUUUCUCAUCAGAAUCCCCACCAACCUUCCCAAGCCUCAUCUUCAUCUCAUUUUUUUCUCUCCAACAAGAAAAGGUCCAAUGGACUCUCCCAACGUUCUGUUCACUGCUCCAUCGGCGGGUAAAAAGAAUGCAACCCUAAUUUGUGCCCCAAUCAUGGGAGAAUCAAUUGAGAAAAUGAAGAUUGACGUGGAGAAAGCCAAGGCUGGAGGUGUUGACGUUGUCGAAAUUCGAUUGGACUCUUUGAGCAGCUUUGAUCCCCAUCAAGAUCUCACCACUCUCAUUCAACAUCACGCUUUACCCUUGUUGUUCACUUACAGGCCCAAGUGGGAAGGUGGAAUGUAUGAUGGUGAUGAAAACAAACGGUUGGAUGCACUACGGUUAGCCAUGGAGUUGGGAGCUGAUUAUAUUGACGUUGAACUUCAGGUAGCGCAUGGAUUCUUUGACUCUAUACGUGGAAAGACAUUCAAGAAAACGAAGGUCAUUGUUUCAUCUCACAACUAUCAGCUUACUCCAUCAAUUGAGGAUCUUGGUAACCUUGUUGCAAGAAUACAAGCAACGGGAGCAGACAUUGUGAAGAUUGCAACAACUGCCACUGACAUCACUGAUGUGGCACGCAUGUUUCAAAUAAUGGUGCAUUCUCAAGUUCCGUUUAUUGGACUUGUUAUGGGUGAUAGGGGAUUGAUUUCUCGUAUACUUUGUGCAAAAUUUGGUGGAUAUCUUACUUUUGGUACCCUCGAGUCAGGAGUAGUUUCAGCUCCUGGACAACCUACACUUAAAGAUUUAUUAUAUCUGUACAAUUUGAGACUAGUGGCACCUGAUACAAAAGUAUAUGGGAUUAUUGGAAAGCCUGUCGGUCACAGUAAAUCACCCAUUUUAUUCAAUGAAGUCUUCAAGUCAGUUGGUUAUAAUGGUGUUUAUGUAUUUUUAUUGGUGGAUGACCUUGCCAAUUUUCUCAGGACUUACUCUUCUACAGAUUUUGCGGGAUUCAGUGUUACUAUUCCUCACAAGGAGGCAGCAAUUAAAUGUUGUGAUGAGGUUGAUCCAGUGGCUAAGUCAAUAGGAGCUGUGAAUUGCAUUAUUAGAAGACCAACUGACGGGAAAUUGAUUGGAUAUAAUACGGAUUAUGUCGGUGCUAUUUCUGCAAUUGAGGAUGGUUUACGAGGUAAACAUAAUGGUGGAAGCACAAAUAUUUCACCAUUAGCUGGUAAGUUGUUUGUUGUUAUUGGGGCUGGUGGUGCAGGUAAGGCACUUGCUUAUGGUGCAAAAGAGAAAGGAGCAAGGGUUGUGAUUGCUAACCGUACCUAUGACCGUGCUAGAGAACUUGCUGAUGCAAUUGGAGGAGAUGCUUUAGCUCUUAGUGAUUUAGAUAGUUACCAUCCCGAGGAUGGUAUGAUUCUUGCAAAUACAACAUCAAUUGGAAUGCAACCAAAAGUUGAUGAGACGCCUAUUUCUAAGUACGCUUUCAAAUAUUAUUCCCUAGUUUUUGAUGCUGUAUACACGCCCAAAAUUACUAGACUCUUGAAAGAAGCAGAAGAAUCAGGAGCCACUAUUGUAACAGGAUUGGAAAUGUUUAUGGGGCAAGCAUACGGACAAUAUGAGAAUUUCACUGGAUUGCCAGCACCAAGGGAGCUCUUCAGAAAAAUUAUGGAAAACUAUUAAUGAGUGGUCAGUUGUCACCAAACAACGGAACGAACGGAUUGAGACAGGUUUAGAAGAGAGGCUUCCAUUCUUCCAUUCGUGUAUCUAAUCUUGACUUUAUUCGCUAGAGUAUAUUCAAUAACAACCCUAAAAUGCUGGGUUCUGUUUUUGUUUUUGUUUUUUGUCAAAAUUAGGUCAAGUCCAACAAGUACCGUGAAAAUCCAAUUUAGUUAUGUUGUAAUUAAAAGAAAAAUUUUGUCAAAGUACAAAAAGAAGUAUUUAUAUAUCAGAUCAGAUUAUUAGUAAUAAA